AUGUUUCUUGUUCCUAGGACGAUGGCCAAGGCGCCGUCGGUCCUUUUGACGAUAUGGCUUGCCACCAUGACCCGUCAUCACGUCCAGGCCGACUCGUGCUCGGCUUUUAAUGUGAAUGGAGCCUGUUAUGAACUUGGAUCCUCCAUUGAAACUGUGACGGGUGAGCUGGACAGCAUGGUCAAGGAAGCCGGAUCAGACGGAUUCAUGUCCCUAUACGACAAUUUUCUGGCACCCAUGGUGAACAUGUUUAUUGCCGCAGAUGAUCCCACCGGAUUUUGCUUUGGAGACUACACGGGAGAUGAAGUCGACGAAAAUCUAGAAGAUUACGGCUGUGACUUUAUCCCUCUUGAUGCAAAUCAACAGUUCGGCAUUGUGUCGGGAUCUCUACCAAUCACCACGGAGAUGCAGUUGGCCUUGAUGGCUCUGCAGCUCUGGACGAACGUGCAACCCGAGACCGUCACACCCAAGUUCUGUAUGGCAAUGCGUGUGCCAUCCCCAACUUGUCACAAGAUGACGUUUGCCAUGACCAUCAAUGAUGGAACAAUCACCGCUCUCUGUGAGAUAGUCCCAGCGGGGGGUAUUGGGGACGCCAUUCUCUCCGUGUUGGCUGCCAUUGUAGAACUUGGGGUGGAACAAGUUGGCUUUGGGAUGUCUAUAGGUGGGGGGCUUGAUGUGCCAGUCAAAUAUUAUGUCAACAAGGAGUUCAAGGCUAGCACCUUCCCUUCCCAUCUCUAUUUCAACAUUCUGGGCAGCAUUGAGCUACCAUUCCUUCCAGAGCAAUAUCAGGAAAUCAUUUCCUGUGAAGGAGAAUUUGCCCGUGCAUUCAACUUUGGAGAUACCAUCGACGCCGUGUCUAGUGUGGUCACAGACGUCUUCAACCCCAGCAACUUUGGACGUGCCGACUUGAAGGGAACCUUGGACACCUUGCAAGAUUUGCUGCUCUUCCCCGAAGUGGUCACGACAGAAGCCAGGCUAACAAUUGACUUAGAGGAAGUGACAGACGGGUUGCUCCAGAACCUCGCGCUUGGCGACACAACGAUGAUGGCUAUGAAGGUGCCAAAGAAAAAGCUUGGAAAUAUUGAACCUGGAUUCUACCUCAGCAUCGAAACCAACCUUGAAGUCCUCGAGGCCUUCGCUAAGCAGCUCUGCGAUCAAAUUGAUGGUGCGCUCAAGGCAGUGUCCGGCGGUGGUUGUCCAAAGCUUCCGAAUUUGUCGAUCAAAGGCAAAAUCGGAAUCCAGAUUCAGGCCGAUAGGAUUGAGGCUUUCAUCCAAGUUCCCGGAUUCCUCAUAGAAUGUCAAGUGUGGAAUCUGAAUCCACUGGAAGGGAAGACCCCGAAGAUGAGUUGUCAAGUUGACAGUGUCAUCUUUGAAAUCGUCGCAGAGGCACUUGGAUACCUCAUUGGUAAGGCUGAAGAAAUGGGCAAAGAGAUUGUCGAAGACGUGACGGAGAUCUCCAAGGACGCCGUCAAAGCAGCGAAGGGUUUUGGCAAAGAGGUUGCUGGGUUUGCCAAGUUGAGUUCCAAAGCUGCAGACCAUUUUGCCGGGGAGGUUGGCGACUUCUUUGAAGAUGGAGGGCAGGAGCUAUUGGAUGUUGCAAACAGAGCUCUGAAGGAGGCUGAAAAUUUCCAGAAAGUGGCAGAAGCAGCAGCCUUCAAGGCUUCGAGGGCUGCAGACGAAGCCGGGAAAGCUGUGGACAGAGCUGCACAAGAAGUUGCAAAGGAGGUCGAAAGGUUGUCUAAUGAAGCCAAGCAGGCAGCAGAGACAGCAAUGAGGAUUGCAGAAGAGAAAGCUACGAAACUGGCCGAUGAGGCCAAGGAGAAAGCUGAAGAAGCGGCCCGAGAGACCGAGAGGAUAGCCAAUGAAGUGGCCGAAGAGGCCAAGAAGGAAGCUGAAGAAGCGGCGGAAGCGGCCAAGAGUACAGCGGAGGGCGCCUUGAAUGCCGUCAGGAAGUUGGGGUGGAGACGGUUGCGAGCUGAUGGUGAGGAGGAGAGUGCAUUGGACUUCGAGGACGAAGACGAGGAUCAUGACCACUACGAAUACCUUGACGUUGGCGCUGGGGACACAGUUGAACAGGGCGACCGACACCGUCAUGCCGAUGUUGACGCUACCGACAGCCUUACCGAGGGCGACGAAGAAAAGUUGAGCGAUGGACCUGUUUACAUGUUUAGCCACGUGUUUAGUGAUGAUGACAUCAAUGAUAUGGGUCUAAGCGACCAUGUGCAAGCCGGCAACGGCAUCCUCAGCUACGACGAAAAGACCGUCGCUGCGCUUCGAGAACAAAGGGAACUCAUCAAGACAGAUACUGAGCGAAAACACGAUGAAAUGAAGAGGAAUAAGGUUUCUGCUGACAACAAAUACCAGGCUGCCCAGGCCGCACUCGAGGCCGCGGAAGCAGAAGUCCUGGCUGCCCAAGAGGAGACAAAACACAAGCCCGUGGGAAUGGGCUUCAUUCAGCACUACCAGUGCAAGAACAAGAAAGAGAUCUGGGAUUCUAGUAGGAGAGAAGACUAUGGCCACUACUUUGCUCAAAAAGGAAACGAUGACUCUAGGAAGAGCUGUUUCGAAUCGUGCUAUGAGUGGUACAAGACCAAUAACAAGUCGAAGAGACAUCCUUUGUGUUGCGAAUAUGAAACCGGCGAAGAUACCGGUGCUUGCCGAGUUGGCAGCGAAGGCCGAAUCAAAGCGAGAAAGGAGUCGAAGAGUGCUUCUUUGACAUUUGUCAAGGACUUUGGGUCUAUGGCCGAAGCCAAGAGCAUCAGAGCUACUUGUAGUUCAGACAAAGAAUGCUACACCAGCUUCUGUGACAACGGGCGGUGCAAGGUGAAAUGUGCCCCGGAAAAUCGGUGCUAUCAGUCUUUGUAUUCGAAGUGUUUUGGUUUCGACGGAAAUUGUCUGAACGUCGGCGGCGUCAAUCACUUCUGCGACAAAGCGACGGAUUCAUGCACGUGUGACGACUCCACUGGACAGUGUACACCCGAGGAGAGGCAAGAAACUGUCAUUGACCUAUUCCCGCACCAAGUUAAGGAGGACAUUGACAUGGAGAGGGUCGACGUCAAGCCUGCCAAGAUGUUGCCAAACAAGAAAAACAAGAAGGAAAAGAAGAAAGACGAGGAUGAAGAAGAUGAGCGUCCCAAGAUGGCGAAGAAGAAGAAACCGAGAAAGCCGAAAGAUCCGGAUGAUUAUGGCGAAAGACCUCCUAGUCCUGGCCGCCCUGUCGGUGGUGGCGGCUAUUCCCGCGCACCACCUCAAGGAAGCAAUGGUCAAAUAAUAGUGUCUGCUCCUGAGGUUAUUAUCAGAGCUGGUAGGAUCGUUGUCGAGCCUGUUGGUGGAGAAAGCUAUGGCCAGGUGCCACCUGUUGCUACCAUCGAUAGCAGCAACGGCGGGGGUGGCCGUGGACGUGGGGAGCGUGGCGGUGGUGGCGGUCUCAGGGGGCGCCCGGUGAGGGGUCGACCCGUUAGAGGUCGACCUGUCAGAGGCAGGAAUGGGCCUGACGAUGGAGAGGAAGGCGAGUACGAAGAGGAGGAAGAAGACGAGUACGAAGAGGAGGAAGAAGACGAGUACGAAGAGGAGGAAGAAGACGAGUACGAAGAGACGGAAGAAGACGAGUACGAAGAGACGGAAGAAGACGAGUAUGAAGCGGAGGAUGGAGAUUUAGACGAAGGAGAUUUCUUCAAUGGGGGAGUGUUGAAGGAUAUUGAUGGCAAUGAUAUUCACGACCAAGUCAAGGGCAUUACCAAGGACCUUCCGUCCAAUUUCAAACCACAGGUCAUUGGGAAACCUACGAUUCAGGGCGGGCCAGCCGUGAAGACGCCGAAGAUAAGCAAGGUCGUCACGAAGCCUGCGUUGAACAUCCAUGAUCUCAAGAAGCAGAUUGGCAAGAUUGAAACCAGGAAGAAGGAUCCCAGGAAGAAGAAACCCAGGAAAAAGCCGCCCCGCAAGAAACUCUAG